UUGAAAGGAUCUGAUUUUUUAAAAGAGCAAGGUCCAAAAUUUUCAAUCCGCCAUUGAGCUAACCUCGAGAUUGUCUCCACCUUCGUGUCCCCCAUCCACUCUCUCUCUCUCUCUCUCUCAAGUUUUGACUUCCUUUCUCUCUCAACUCUUUUACUUCACGCCAAAAUAACACGACGAAGCAAGCAACAACUACACACUCAGGUGCCUCCAUCGCUUGCCAAGUGUACGACGAUGUUGCGUUUUUUAAUUCUUCAAACCCGGUUCGCUCCGGUUUAGUUUAGUAACCAAAUUAGAAAUUGGAAAGAGACGACGAAACGAGUUAGAGAGUGAUCAGAUAAAAAAAAAAAUGGCGACGAAGGAGAAACCGAAGAUCGUGUGGAACGAAGGGAGGCAUAGAUUCGAGACGGAGGAUCACGAAGCUUUCAUAGAAUACAAGAUGAAGAACGAAGGUAGUAAAGUCAUCAUGGAUCUGGUUCGAACCUUUGUACCGCCGUCAAAAGCAGGAUUAGGUUUGGCUUCGCUUCUCUGCGUUGCCGCCUUUGAACACGCCUCCGAACACUCUUUCUCCAUCGUCCCCACUUGCUCUUACGUCUCCGAUACGUUUCUUCCUCGAAACCCAUCGUCGAAGCAUCUGGUUCACUCAGAGGAUUCCAAGACCAUCAAGUCUAGCAUCUGAUCUCAUCAAGUCUUCGCUUCUUCUACUUAAAAAGCCUUUGGUGUAAUAAAACUUAAAACACUUCAGCAGGUUACAUUAUUAUAAAAGCUUACUUCAUGUCUCUGUAACAACAAAAAUCCCGGUAUGUAUUGUAUUUUUUCACAAUUCGACAGCAACAAAACACUAAUGUCGUCAUCAUUAUAAAAAUAAAACGUGACAAAAAAACAUUAUUCUAUA